AUGGAUCUUCCGAGUUUGCCUAUACCGAAGACAUUCUUGGAGAUGCAAAAAACAUAUGAAGAAUAUUAUGCCUCUUUUACUCUCGAAAUGGAGCCGCUUGCCGCCGAGAAAUUUGAUAGUUAUAUCAAAGAAUAUGUUGCAAUGCUCGUCAAAAUUUCAAAACAACCAGUCAUAGAGAAUGUAGCGCGUACAGCUAUUGGCAUUUUAUCAUUGCAUAAUUGUGGUUAUCCAGAUUUUAAUGUACUUGCUCGAAUUUUUGAUCGCAUUGUCCCACAAAUGGACAAAGAAUAUAUAAGAUUUACAUGUUGGGUAGCCGGAAAAUUUGUUCAUCAUCCAAAUUACGAACAGUCAAGAUACGUUCAUCACUUAUUUAAGCGUUGUCUUGGCUGGAUUCGCGCUCACGGUAGACGAGCACGCCAUAUGAGUGCUGCUCGUAUGAUCGAAGCCCUUGCUCAGAAUGCUGGUAGUGAUAUUGUAAUCUCAUAUUCACAACUUCAGACAGCUAUUUGGCUUUUAGUCUCACAUCCAUCACUCCAACUUGUAGAUGCAACAGCCGAUGCGAUUGCAAUGUUUGCAAGAGCUACAAUUCGUUACGGGCGCAGUGAAUUAGAUUCAUUCAUGAAUUUCUUUGAUCUCUUAUGCUCACGACUUAUAUCAUUAGGAUCAAGAAUGAAAAUCUAUACUGCCCUUAAAAUCUUACAGCAAUUGAUUAAGAGUUGUUCCGAUUAUUUCUUGCCACAUUUUCAAUCUUUAUUCAAAAACCUUUACGAAUUUUGCUCAAGCAAAUCAUCUCUUGUCCAGAGUGCUGCUUACGUCACACUUACUUACUUUGUUUAUAUUGACAAGCAGCAGUUCGUCACAAAUGUAUUCCCAAUUCUUAUGGAUACAUUAAAGACAAUUCUCCCUGAAUUUCCAAAAGAAAUUUCAGAUGCAACAGCAAUUUUGAUCCAGCAAUGUCCGGAUACAGCAUUUGAACAGAUUGAAGUCAUAAAACAAUGUGCAUGCGAUGCAAACUAUGACUAUGACUCCGGAUGCAGGAUUCUCAUCAAGUUACUCCAAACUUACGGUGAAAAAGCCCUUCCAAUUCGUGAAGAUUUUAUUGAAGAGCUUCUCAAAGCAGAAUUAACCGAAUUAACAUCAGAAUUUUUCAUCGAAUAUACGAAAUUACGGACAAAAGAGUUCGGACACAAACUCUGCGACAGAAUUUACAGUGAAAUCGCGAAAGAAGUUAAUGAACAAACAAUAAUCGCUUUAGAAACAUUAUCUAAAGUACCAUUGGAAGCAAUAUAUAACCACGACAGAUUUUUAUGCCUCAUUACUGAUAAGUUCUCCGAGAAAUCCAAACAAGUUCGUUGUAUUAUACCAAAAGCAAUGUACCACCUCUCUCGAAGCAAUACAUCAUUAGCAGAUCCCAUCGCAAGGAAGCUAUUCCAACUUGCCAUUUUCGAUAGCGAUGAAAACGUCAGAUUAUCCAUCCUGGAUAUCCUCACGGAAAGCGCAACGAAGAAGCUCGCUAGCCCAGAGAGCAUCCAGUAUGUCGGAAUAUUCACAUCAGAUGGUAGCGUUAAUGUUAGAAAGAGCGCAUUUAAAUUAAUUGCAAAAGUUGCCGAAGAAAAUCCAAUGGGCUUUGCAGCUGUUACUCGUGAGUCCAUGCUUAACUAUUUCUUCACAAUCAGGAACAUUCCAAGCAUCAGAACAAGAGCAAAAUUAAUUUCCACAUUUCCUGAUUUAAUCCGUGCAUGUGCUCUUACAGUUAACAUAUAUUCACUCACUAUCAUUGAUAUAGUUGUUCAGUGCUUAGUUCACCCAUUAGAUAUCUCGAAGAUCUCGAAUUUCUACGAUGCUCAGUCCGCAAACGACAUUUGGAUCAACAUGUGCGAAUGUUUGAAGAUUGUCGCACCUAUAGAUCCAACAACAGUUGCAAAAUACGUAUCAGAUCUCAUCCCAGCACUUUGCCAGCACUUGGAAGUAACAGAGAAAAGAUCCACCAUUCUAUCGUCCUUGUCACUUUUGUAUGUUCUACUUUCACCACCAGCUUCGAUGUUAGAAACACGUGCAAUGAUCCCUGUUAUUGUCGGCGCAUGCAGUAAAUUCCUCGGAAUGACGCAUUCCAGAAAAUGUCGAAUGGCCACUCUCAAAGUUAUCGGUGCUAUUGGUGUUAUCGAUAUCCACCAGAGACCAGCGAACACUGUUUGCGAACCACCUGAUUUCGCCGAUGACGAAUUGACCCGAAAUUUCUUCCAUCCAUCCAGAGACAUGUCUACAGGCCAAAUCGAUGAUACACUGCUUCUCAACCCACAGACAGGAGAACAAUGCAUCCAUUCUAUUGUAUCCAACGCUUUAUUGGAUAUCUUCAAGGACAAUUCUUUGUCAGAAUACCAUCAGGACACAGCCUUGGCAUUGGUUGAGAUCUUAGAAGCUCCGAAAACCGCUGUUCUCCCUUAUUUCGACAAGUUCGUCACUAAAAUGGUCGAUCGUAUUGAAACAGGCACUGACAGUGACUUGGAGAUCUAUCUUCCACUAUUCUCACGCAUUGUUCAGUCAUCCGGACAGUCCGCAACACCUUUCAUUGAGAGAACUCUCAAAAUUAUCAACUCAAGGUUUAAUUCCGACCUCGCACAGCAGUUCCUUGACUUGAUAAUGAGUUUCGCCCAAGUCAUGAAAGAUCUUUUCGCCAACUAUUCAGCGAAAACCGUUUGUAUGUUGAUACAAUUCCUCAAUGACAAGCGAACAACUGACGAAAAGCCAUGUCUCGCAGUUAUCGAAACAUUCUCCAACAUUUGCGAGUAUUCCACCGAUCUUAACUACUUAAUAAUCACAUCCGUCAGCGAAACAAUCAUGAGAGACAAUACGAUCAGAACGAUUAAGUUGGCCGGACUUCAAAUGUUCGAUAAACUUGUUCGUUCUGUUGACAUUUUCAAGAAGAUUGGUCCGAUUGUCAGAUCUCUCGAGUAUUGCUUAGCAUCCAAUGACGAACAGAUUGUUAGACAAGCUAUGAACCUUCUUUAUUCGCUUUUGCUCGCACAAGGCCGCAAUUUCCUGUUAAAUGCAGAUCCAAUUUUGGAUUACAUCAAAAUCCACAACUUGGAGACACCUCAAUUGCAUGAUAUCAUCAAAGCAGUGUCACAAGGACAAGGAUAUGCAUCAUUUGUACCUAUUCCUCAGCCAUCAUUACGAGUUCCAAGGUCUCAUUCAACAAAUUUGAACCAUGUUUUCUCGGAAGAAGUCAUUAUCUCAAAAAUCAUGACUCCUGCUGUUGGUUACUCCAGGCAUUUGGAGCAAUGGUUGCAUUCAUUUGUCCUUACAACUAUUGCUUAUUCUCCUUUGCAAUGCAUAAGAGUUUGCUCUUCAAUCGCAUCAACUUAUCGUCCUUUGGCCAUGUCACUUUUCAAAGUUGCUUUUUUGAGUUGUUGGAAGCAAUUUGGAGAGAACGGUCGCAAACAAACUGAAUCCACAUUCUUGAGUUUAAUCAAUGCACCUGAGAAUUAUGAUAAUGUCGUAAGAGAAAUUUUGGAUUUAGUUUUCUUCAUGUCUAAAAUGGAUAUUCCAAUAAAUAUUCCAGCACAAGACAUCUGCAAGGCAUGCAUCAGAUACGGAUACAACUCUUUGGCUCUCUACAUUCUCCAGCACGAAUUAUACAAUGAACCGUCUCCUGACAUAAUUAAAACUGUGUCACUUUUAAUUGACGGUUACAUGGAAACUGGCGAAUGGAACAACGCCAUUGCAGUAUGGAAAGAAUACAUGCCUAAGGUAGCUGCACUCUCAAGACCAGAGACAGUUUCUAAACUAAGAAUAUGGGAUAGAAUCAUGCCUUAUUUCAAUGACAAAUUCCAUAAAGGUGACGUGUCAGUUUUUCCAUCAUUAGUGAAGUCACUUGCCGGAAUGGCCAGGUGGAAUGAACUCGGUGAUUUAAUGGACAAUUUCGUUAAAUUGAACUUGAGUUUGCAGAGAUCCGCCGCUCCUUAUGUUGCAAAUGCUAUGAUGCAUCUUAGAAGAUGGGAUGAUUUAGACAAAGCAUUGCAAUCAGCUCCUGAUGAUUCAUUGAGAUGUUUCACGUUAAGAGCGAUUUCUCAAUUGCAUAGAAAGAAAUACGAAGAAGUCGACAAAACAAUAGAAAACGCUUUCUCACUUUUGGCAAGUAGGCCAAUAACAAUGUGGGGAAUCAACCAAAGGAUUAACACUGAUACGAUGUUGGUUGCACAACAACUCGUUGAAAUCUCUGAUAUGAAGAACUGGAUGAACAACGAGAACUUAAGACCAUACAUCGAAGCAGUUUGGUCCGAGAGAUUGGCAACAGCACCAAGAAACUUUGAUUUAUGGUUAAAGAUUCUUGGAAACAGAGCAACUUUGACAGGAGCACAUAGAGAUAUUUCUUACAUCGAGUUCUUCAAUUUGAAGUCACAGACAAUGGACACUAAAUUGCACAUGAACUCAUUCAACGCUUUGUUCCACGGUGUCGAUCCUCUCACGACAACUGAUCCUCUCCCGAGAAUCAGUUACGUUGUCGCUCAAUGGAACACAGGAGAUAAAUACAAAGCGAUGAAAGAAAUGGAUGAAAUCUGCAAAGACGUUUCAGGAGAAUUGGUUGACAGAUGCCACGCAAUUUACGCUUCAUGGCUCAUAGAAACAGGAGAGUCAAUCAAUGAUUUCAAGCUCGCUUUCGAUAACCUCAAAGAUAACCCUGUUGUAACUCAAUUUGUUUCUGACACUGUAAACAGAUUGUCACAAAGAAAAGUGUCAAAUACAAGUGCACUUUUCCUUCCAAAAGCGGUUAUUUCGAAGAUGAACGAGCAAUCAUUCGAUUUGGAAGUAUUAAGAAUGUGGUGCGAUGUCAACACACAGUUAAUUGCUCUUGACAAACAAGAGACCGCCAAAUACGUAACAAACGCAAUUGAUGCAUUAACACAUUGCUGUUUGAUUGCUCCUUCUUUCACGGAUAUCGUUCAGUUAUUGAACUUGUUCUUCGAGCACGCAAAUAUCGAGAACGUCUUCAAUCACGCAACGAACGGAUAUCUCAACAGAUUAUCUCCGAAACUUAUUUUGCAGGCAUCUCCACAAGUUUUGGUCCAAUUAUCUCAUCCUGUUCCCGCUGUUGCACAAUAUGUUCAUAACAUGGUUCUUAACUUGUUACAUGAACAUUACCACGAACUCAUUUUCUCUGUCAUCGUCAUGAAGUUCAGUAGAGAUAACGCAAGAGCCAAAGCGGCCUUCAAUCUCUUCGACGAAUUCAAGAAGAUGAAUCCUUCAGCUCACGACGAAGUUUUCACAAUCAGAAAAUGUUUGUUGAGAGCUGCCGUUACAUGGUAUGAAAAGGUUAUGCAGAGAAUCACUGAUGCUUUCGAUCAUUACGCAUUGCAACAGUAUGACAUGAUGGUUGAAACAUUGAGAUCAAUCACACAAAUGGUGCAGACACCGAAAUGCGCUCUCCACGAAGAAUUCGCUACAACUUACGGUACAAACAUCGCAACACUUUCGAAGAUCCUUAAAGUGUUCAAUCCAUUGAACAAGAACCAAAUGAUGCAAGUUACACAAUGGUGCAAAUCAAUGCAGGCAUUGUUAGCUGAUGACAUCAAGAAGAUAAGGAUCAUCCAGUUGGCAAGUAUCUCUGAAAGUCUUGCAGAAAAGACACACUUUCAAUUGGCUGUUCCUGGUACUUAUAAACCAGGAAAACCAAUCAUCAGAAUCAAAUAUUUUGUCGGCCAAUUUUCAGUUUACAUGUCAAAACAACAACCAAAAGAUGUUGUUAUUUGUGGCGAAGAUGGCAAUUUCUACCAGUACUUAGUCAAAGGACACGAAGAUCUUAGAUUGGAUGAGAGAAUCCAACAGUUCUUCAGAUUAAUCAACUCAUAUUUGAAGAGAGAAACAUAUUUCGGAGCACACGUCAUUCAAACGAUGUCUGUUAUUCCAUUGUCAAUUACAAAUGGUCUUGUACAAUGGGUUAGUGGCACAGACACGUUGAGAAGCGUUGUUGAGCAGUUUAGAAGGCUCAAACAAAGAGAUCCGAUCCAAGAAUACGCUUUGACAGAGAAAUUAUCUCAUCAAAGCUUCGAUUACAUGUUGCCAAUCCAGAAGAUGAACAUCAUCAUGAAAGUUAUGAGUGUCGUUCCAAGCACAGAUCUUGCAAAUUACUUCUAUUUGAAGGCGAGAUCUCCAAAUGUUUGGCACAAGAGAAUUUCGACAUUCGCAAUUUCAGCUGCCAUUACUUCGAUGGUCGGUUACGUUAUUGGUCUUGGUGAUAGACAUCCAAGCAAUAUAUUGAUCGACAGAUUCACAGGUAAAGUGAUUCACAUCGAUUUCGGUGACUGUUUCGAAAGAGCGUCGAAGAGAAAGUUCCUUCCUGAAGUUGUCCCAUUCAGACUCACAAGGAUGAUGGUCAAAGCAAUGGGUGUAACAGGAACAGCAGGAACAUUCUCAACAGCGUUCAUCAACACAAGCCGCGUGUUGAGAGAAAACAAGAGAGUUCUCAUCAUGGUCUUGGCAAUUUUCGUGCACGAACCUUUAGUUGAUCCAAGAGAAAAGAAGUCUUCUGCAAGUACUGACAAGGAAAAGGCCAAGUCCUUCAUUUCAUUCUCUGAAGUCACUGGUUCUGUCAUUGACAAAGGAAGAGUCUUGCUCAUGGAUCCUUCUGAUAAGACAACUGAUACUGAAAUGAGAGCAAGAGUCAACACCAAAUUGUCUGGUUCUGAUUUCGGAACUGAAAAGCCUCUUUCAAUCGAAGAACAGGCACAGAGACUCAUCAAGGAAGCUACUGAUAACUACAAUAUCGCAAAGAUGUACUCUGGAUGGUGCCCAUUCUGGUAA